AUUCCUCAGUUUCUCACCUCCAAAACAAACCCAUCAACACCCUUUUCUUUCUCUUCGUUUCGGCUGCUCUGUUUUUUGCUACUCUGCUUCUCUUCUCAACAUUUGCUGCCAUUUUCUUCAACUUUAAGGGAUUUCGAUUUCAUUGGGCACUCAAGAUGUUCGAGGAUAUUGGGGUUUUCUUUCCUCACUUUCAGAACUUCUCCCAGGUCCACCAGCUCGAGGAGUUUUGCAAAACCCACCAGCCAUGUUCUUCUCCAACGAUAUCCACAAUCUGUGAAUAUGACAUGGGUGGGGAAGGAGAUCUGUUUGAAGCCCCACAACCACAACCAUUUGUUGAAGACACUUUCAUAGGUCUUCAUCCUGUGAUGGCAGCCAUUUCAAUGAUGUCUUGUGCUGAAGAAGUCAUCUCUCCUGAAGGACUAAAAGUUGCAGACUUUCAAUCGCUUCAAAAUGACCAGCUGCUAAAUGAGGUAUAUUAUGAGUGUGAAAAGGAUCUCUUGGAAAAAGCUGCAUUAGAAAGGCCACUGCCUGAAUCCCUGAACAUUGAUAUUCCAGUACUGUACCCAGAAGAAAAUCAAAUUCCGGAAAACAAGCCACUCCCUGAUGUCUCGAUCCAGAAAAGUACCAGCUCGGGGGGGUUAAGCUCAAUGGAUUUGUUGAAAGAACCUACCAUCAAGCCAAGUUUAAUAGAUUUCCCUGGCAUGGAUUUCAGUUCUGUUUAUGGGAUGAGGAGAGCAUUUAGUGAAGGAGAUAUAAAGACACUCGGCAAUGACAAGAUAGGCAUGAUCCAUUCUUCCUUCCAACGACCCUCGUUCAGCAAUUGUAUCAACGAGGAACGCCUAGAAAAGCUUUACCGAUACAGGAACAAGAAGACAAAGAGGAAUUUUGGGAGAAAGAUCAAGUAUGCUUGUAGGAAGGCUCUUGCAGACAGUCAACCUAGGAUCCGUGGAAGGUUUGCGAAGACGGACGAAACUGAAGUCAAGGGCAGUAGCUCACUCUCAAUGCUGUUUCUAUGAGAAAAUAAGAAUGAAAAGCAAUAUAGGCAUGAGAAGCUUGUUCUGAAGAUGAGGUGGGAGAGUUGAGCAGAAGCCAUAGAGUUUAUGUUUGUGGAAAGUUCAGAUUGAAUCUCACUCAAUAAAAUCCACAAACCAAGAAGGCUGUAGGGUAUUUUGUCAUAUUAUGAUUUGUAUUACUAUCUUUUGUACACUAAAAUGGUUGCCUACAUUUGUAUAUAUAUAUAUAUAUUAUCCGUUGAAUAAAAUAGGAAAUAAAAGUUCUUUGUUUAUUAAGUUUGUA